UUAGACGUUACAGACCCAUUUUACAUUUCCUGUGGGCAUGCAGUGUUCCUUUACAAGGCUUUUUUUCCUCAUAUAGAAGAACCUUCACACUGGGACACAGGGCACCCCCACAUUUCCAGAGAAAACACGGGAGCCACAUUUUUAAGCAGUUGUAGACUUUGUUGUAGGCUAGGGGGCGUCGUCAGAUUAUUUUUUAACGGGGCUUCACCCCUGGGGUCACUUUCGGGUUAACCAAAAACUUGUUCAUUUUACCUGCAUGUUAUUCAGCUCGGCGUCAGACUAAACCCAGGUGAAUAGGCAUAGGCUAUUCCAGUCUGCAAAGAAGGGAUUUAAAAAUGAAGGAGGAAAAUGGAGACAAACCUAUGGCACUGCACAAGGAACAUGGACACAGGGUGACUCCACGCGCAUCACUGAUUUUGACGGCCUUAGCAACUUGCAUAGGAGGGGCGUUUCAGAAUGGAUAUAACAUAUCUAUCGUAAAUUCACCCUCCACGUCUGUGAUGACAUUCAUUAACCAAACAUGGACGGAGAGAUACGAGUCUGCGAUAUCAGAGGAGCUACUUACCCUCUUCUGGUCCAUUAUUGUGUCUAUCUUCACUCUUGGGGGACUAGUGGGCUCUUGGGUCGGUGGAACACUGGCCAACAAGUAUGGGAGGAAAGGUGCCCUACUACUCAACAACAUCUUUGCUUUGCUUGCAGCAUUCUUUUUUGGAAUAAGUUAUUUUAGUCGUGUGUUUGAGCUGCUUAUAGUUGCCAGAUUUCUCACUGGCAUAAACGCAGGUGUAGGGUUGUGCGUCCAGUUCCUUUACCUUCCCGAAAUGGCUCCCAGGUCAUUACGUGGAGCUUUGGCCAUGACCUCCUCCAUAUCAGUCACACUAGGCAUUGUCAUUGCAGAGGUAGUCGGAUUGAAAGAAGUGUUGGGCAGAGAGGAGUGGUGGCCCCUCUUGUUGGCAACCACCGCUGUCCCAGCAAUACUACAGCUCAUCACCCUGCCCUGGUGCCCUGAGAGUCCACGCUACCUGCUGAUCGACAGAGGCGAUGAGACUGCAUGUGACAAAGCACUGAAGCAGCUUCACAGCGCGGAGGAAUGUCUCAAGGAGAAGGCAGACAUAGAGAAGGAGAGACUUGAUGCUCUUCAAAUGGAACAAAAGAAACCCUGGGAAUUGUUCUUGGAUAAGAGCCUUCGCUGGCAACUUCUCACCAUCGUCGUCUUAAACGUGUUAUCUCAGCUGAGUGGCAUCAAUGCAAUCUACUUUUAUGCAUCCUACGUGUUUGCUGAAGCAGGCAUUCCAGAACAACUGAUACUGUAUGUGUCACUCGGCUGUGGACUAUGUGAAUUUUCCUCUACUGUUAUCGGUGGUGUUUUUUUGGUUGAGUCUUUGGGCAGGAAAACCCUCAUGAUUGGGGGCUACUCAUUAAUGAGCCUCUGGUGCUUAUGCAUAACCCUGACUCUCAGUUUCGCGAAAGCAAAUUCGUGGGUGCCCUACCUCAGUAUGAUCUGCGUCUUUGCUUUCAUUCUCAGCUUUGGCUUGGGACCAGGUGGUGUGACUGGUACUCUGUGCUCUGAGAUCUUCACCCAAACGGUGAGGCCAGCGGCGUGCAUGAUUGGCCUAUCAGUCAACUGGAUCUGUUUCUUUAUCAUCUCCAUCAUUUUCCCAUUUAUUGUGAGUGGACUGAAGCAGUACUGUUUUCUUGUGUUCUUUGCCGUCUCUGUCAUCGUGACCGUCUACACGUUCUUUGUGGUUCCGGAGACCAAGAACAAAACCUUCCUGGAGAUCCGUGCCGAGUUUCAAUCCAAGAACAAGAAGAAGAGGAGGCAGAGGCAUAUGGCCGUCUCACAGGAAGUCAGUAGCGGCUGAUGACUAUGAAAACAGGUCUAUUUUUUUGGGCUAAUUUUAUAUAGUUUUUUGUGCAUUUAGCUCAAAUUAGAUCUCUAAUCUGAAUUAGAAUCACAUGUGACGGACAAUAUUAUGUGCUGUGCAUUAUAUUCAUGUAUGAAAUGGAACAUAUUCUAAUCUUGAAAUUCACAGCAUCCCUCGAAGAACAGCUGUAUGAGACCAACCAGAGUUCUGUAUUUUGUCCUAAUCGACAACAUAUUCAUGUAUGUGUAAAGGGUAGCCUACAUAGCAAUGGCACCCUGGUUGACAGAUUAACUCCUGAGAAACAGGAGAGAGAUGAGGACACGGCUUGUCAGUUUCAAGGAUCAAGCAGCAAUUUAUUCAAUUUUUUCUUUUCAAUACACUCUUAUGUUAAGUUUCUUUUCUUUAUGACAAACAUAUUAAAAAGUUCAAUGCCCAUGUCAAUACAAAACAAUAGGACAUGAUUGUGUCACCCGGUUUUAUUGAGUGAGAUGAGGGAGCCAUCUCUAUGGGAGACGCUCAUUAGCUGUCGCCCUGACUCGCCUGAUAGGAUGAGCUGUGUAGAGGGCAGGGACGCCCAGCUGACUGAGACAGCGGUCCAAAGACGCGAAUCUCACUUAUUGAGACACGCUCUCUUCAGAUGACGCAAGAAGGGUGUUGCAGAGAGAUGGCUCUCUCACCUCACUCAAUAAACCAGGUACAUAUUCAUGUCUUAUUAUUUAUUUUCGUAAGACCCAGUCACCAUCUCUAUGGGAGCCUACAAUCACGCCCGAUUAUCCAUCAUGGCGUCGCACCCACUGACCAUGCACACCGCCCUCAUACUACACCGUGGCCAAUGCAUUUUCCAUUGAGUGAUACAUUUUAUCCAAUCUACAUUCUUUGGUUUCAAGGAUCAUGCAGCAAUGAAGGAAACGCAAUGCAAGAUACUAAAACCGGAGCCCACCCUUGCCCCCUGCUGGCAUGGAGCAAACAUUACAACAUACACAAUGAAUAGGAAAAAUAACCACAUUUAAAAAUAUCCUGCUACGUGGAAACAGCUCCUCAUUCACUGUGUGCAGAUUCUUGAUGUUGUUUUGUAGAGCUGUAUGCAAUACCAGUUUCUGUUCUUGACACGAUUCUGGCCAUUGUGCCUUGUUUGUUUUGUUCCUGAGUUUUAACAUUAAAUCAAGUUUGCUGUGAA